GUCCAUGCAAGAAGAGAUAAAAAUGAGUGAAGAAAGACACAGGUCUGAGAUGAAAAAUUUACAACAAAAGCUUCAGGACACAGAGGAGAGAUUGAAAGCUGCCAAUGCCAGGAUACAGGGGCAGUUGGAAAGUAAAAAGAGUGAAGAUCUUGAAGCCAACAAGAAGAUUCAGCAGUUACAGAAAGAGAAGGACGAGAUGCUGGAUCUUGCCAUGCAGAGAGGGAAGCUUGUGCAGAAAGAACAGUCUGAAAACAAAAAGUUGCAGAAGAAAAUUGAAGAACUUGAGAAAGCAGUGCAGGAUAUGGAAGCCAAGUUUGAGCGUGAGGCAGCCAUGGUUAAUGCGAAUCUCCGAGUGAGAAAAAUGCAAGAGGAAAUGGAGGAAGCUGUGGAGAGAAAAGACGAACUGGAAAAGGAGUUUGAAGCCUACAAGAAACACUCCAGCUCACUUCUGCAGAAAGAGAGAGAACUCAAUGCAAAGCUGAGACAUUUAAUGGGAUGACAAAACUAAUGAACUUGUGGUCAUUACAUGCACUAAUCAGCUCACAAGAAUUUUUUCAAGUGAUGAUGGUAUUUGUUAGAAAGAGGGAGAAAUCGGACUAAAGCUGAGAAAUGUGAUGGAAUGAAAAAAGGAAAUCUUUGCUCUUUGCUGUUGGUAGUUUUGUUAAUGACUUGAAACAGCCGUUUGAAUUGAAUGAGAAUUCUAUAGUCAGCCGUCUAUUCCAGAAAGGCUUAUUUCCUGUUCUAGAAGGGACAUGGUCUUUUAUGUACAGUGCCUAAUGUUAAUGAUUGUAAAUACUGAUUGUCAGUCUUAAAGUAGACAGGACAUACCAAGAAACAAACACCUUUCACAUCAACUUCUUCCAUGAAUGGUUGAUGGUGUCAUCCUUCCAUAAAAAUUUGUGAUUUUCAUGUUAAGUCAUCUUUCAUAUUGCAAGAUACUGAAUUCUUAUAGGACCUAUGAAGCAUGCAUAAUUUGCUCAUCAUAUUAUUUUUUCAAAUAUUCAAAUUGGAUUUUAUAAGUAUUAUUAUUAUUAUACCGUUUUUCUAUGACCAGAUACAGUACUAUAUAUAGUAUUAUAUAUAGUACUACAUUUGCACUGCUGCCUUAUUAUAUUGGAAAGAAUGUUCAUCCGUUCAAUCAUAACAAUUUCAUGAACAUGUAAAACAGGACUUCCUGCUAGAUAUUUUCUUCAGUCACUGUAGAUGAUAUGCCGUGUACUUUGUGCCUUUAAAGUUAGAUGUUGUAAUGUUAAAGAAAGGCAUUCUAAAUGUUAGUAUGCAAAAGUUUCUUUUUUAUUGUUAUUUUUCUUUUCUUUUUCAUACACACUUGCCCAUUUUUAGCUUGACAAAACAAUCAAGCUUUUUAAAAGGGGUCAAGUCUAGUUUGAGUGUGCCUUCCUAUGUUGGUUAUCCAGACCAACUAUACUGCAUUUAGUUGCAUAUGUUUAAUGAGACAACAUAUUACAAAACUGUUACAUUAAUUAUGAAGUCAUUCAUAUAUAUGUGUGCUGUCACGUCACAUUUGCUGAUAUCUAGUAAAUGGAAUAUGGCACAUGAUCUAUUUGCACGUUCUAAAAGAAUCUAAACAAUUUGUUGAUCUUGUCAUUAGCAAAUAAAAAGAAUGGCAAUGUUCAAGGAUUCUCUUUGUUGGGAGUUGUGCCCUAUUCAACGAACUAACAGAUUGUAAAAAGCAGGCUACAAGCUCCAGUAUCUAGUGAAAUAGUGGCCUUGCUCAGGAAGGGGUAUUUAAACCAGCUUCUGACGAGAAUUUCCAAGUUUCUGCAUUGAAUAGGUGGGCCUCAUAAAAGUAGAUGUAAAUACCAGGACAAAAUUGGAAUAUUAGUUUACAUGUCU